CAGGUCGAGGCAAUGGAAGACUUCAACGCAUCGCUGGGUCCAGCGGUGUGUCGGAUAUGUAUGUGUGGCGAGACUUCAAUUCCCUACCUGGGCCAACAAGCUGGAGAGCCUCUCAUUUCUCCUUGUAAGUGCUCCGGAACAAUGGGUCUCUUUCAUCGAAGCUGUUUGGAGCACUGGCUUACACUCACAAGCACUACUAACUGUGAAAUCUGCAAAUUCGCGUUCAAAAUCAAACAAAAGUCUCGAAAUUUUAUCGACUACAUCCGUCAGGGCGGAUACAAAAAGUUACAGUCAAAUCGGAAUCCAUUCAUUGAUUUCGCAUUCGUCCUUCUGAUCUUACCAUUCGCAUUCUUUGGCGUUUUUAUGUCUGUUGAGGGAGCUUUAUAUGCCGGGAGAAAAUAUCAUUAUGCAUUUGAGAAUCGGGAUAAUGAUGAAAAUGGAAAUCUUGAAGUUCGGAAUCAAACUUCUUUGGAAUGCGCUCUAUUCCUUUUCGUGGCACUUUUGCUUUUUAGUGCAUUUAUCACUUUGGUCGUUUCCGCACUUUGGCAUCAUUUCCGUCAGUACAAGAUAUGGCAAGCUAAAAACAAGAUCAUGUUCGUGGUUGAUCAGCUUGACGCCGAACAAUCGAUGCAUUUUAACCCACAAUGGAAGAAACAAGGAGGCGGAUGGAAGGAAAAGAUCGCGAAAUUUUGGGGCGAGAUUCGAAGACGACCGACUAGAGCAUACAUACCGGAAAUCGCCCGAAAUGAUUCGAUCCCAAUCGAACCUGUCGUUGGAAUAUCACCCGUUCUUGUCGCCAAUUUCAAUCGCACCUCUCCUGACAGUAAUAACACGCAUCAUCACGAUGAAUCACGAAAUGAAAUUCCUUUUGGACGAAGAACACCCGAACAAGCUAUCUGUGUUAGCAUGUCCUCGACGCCACAGAUGUAUGCAGAAAAACUUGAAAAGUUGACACUAUCACCGAUUGGACUGGACGACUUAUUCGCCAAUUCGCGAGCAACGUCGACUAGAAGAGAAUCUGGAAUUUCACCAGAAUCAUCGUCUCGCCGAGACAUGCGAAAAACCCAUUCCGUCUAUUCUGUGUGCUCCUCGUUUGGUACCGGUGUCAUGUCAUGUUCUACUCCAGUUGCUGAUAACAAUCUCCGAACACUUACUCCAUCACCGAUUUCUCUCUCCACGUUCAAAUCAGGCUGUCCAACUGAGCCAGUGGUUGCGAUCAAUCUCAAUGACUCUGGAGACACUGUAACUAUUGAUUCGCAACGAGGUCGUUUCCAUGUGGAGACUCUUGAAAAUGAUUAUAAUUCUUGAACAUAUAUCACUAACAUUUUUUCGUGUCCUAUAGCUAUACUCACAUUCAUAGUGAGUAGUAUUUAGACUAUUUAGCAUCUUGUCACUAAAGUGAGUUCUGAAUUCUUGUGAAUAUCCUUUAAAUUGUAUCAAUUUAUAUGUUAUAUACGUGCAUUUGAAAAGUAGAGAUUUGGAAUUCAAUAAAUUCUUUGAAUAU